GACACGGGGCACCCCCAGAGCAGAGUGUUCCAUGCCCGGAUUCCCUAGGAAUGGGCGGAUGAAGGGGAUAGAGGGCUGCAGUGGGGUGCGGGCUCUGCUCUGCCCCACACCAGGGCUUGGAUGGGCACAGGAGCACAGACCCCAUUCCCCACUUUGGUCCUCACCUCUCAGCGUUUCCCUCCUCAUCCUCUUCCAAAAAUCCCCCCUUAAAUCCCUUUCUCCGUCGGACGGGGAACCGGUGACGCUGGAGGGGGCGAGGUGGGACACAGGCAGGGCUCGCGGGUCCCAUUGAGGUCCCCGGUGCCCAUAUCCCUGGGGGAUGGAAAGGUUGAAGGGAUGGAGGGGAUGGAGGAACGCAGGGCAUGGAGGAAAUUGAGGCAAUGGAGCGGCACCCUUGGCAAGGCGGGGGCAGCGGGGACGGGGGUCUGCUCUCACCGUGCCCCCAUCCCGGCGCUAGGAGGUCCACAGGAGCACAGACCCCACUCCCCGCCUCAGUCCCGACCACCACCCACCACUUCCCUCUCCAUCCUUUCCCGAAAACCCCCCUCGAGUUCCCGUCUCCAUCGCGCCGGGGGGCCGGCGGCGCGGGGCUCGCCCCGUUUCGUAAGCGGGGGCCGGGUGCUCGGGAACGCGUGCGCGGGGCGUGGGAUGAGUUCAGCCUCUUGGCUCCAUUCCCUGGAUCCCAUCCCUGGAAAUGUCACUGGAAACUCUGAAUGGGCCGGCCCCGCUCCAGAGCGGGGAGCGCUGGGGGGGCAGCGCACCCCGGGGGGGGCCGGGGCACACGGGGAUCCAGCUCCGGGGAGGACGGUGGCUCCCGACUCUCUCGGGGGAUGCUCUUGGGGGGCUCUCCCCGCCAGCCCCCCACGAUGCUCUGAGCCCCUUCCCGCUCCUCCUGCCGGCAAAGUUCGUGCCGUGGAACUUUCUUCCCUGCCGCUCGCGGCGCCGUCCCGCUCGCCCCGGGGCUCCCCAAAACCCCGCUGCUCCCCGGGCGUCCCCGUCGGCACCGCCCAGGAGAGCCCGGCCGGACCCAUCCGUGCAGAGCUGGGCGAGGGGCGGGCGGUCUGGAUCCGCAUGGAGAAGGCGGUGGGGACCCGUGCCGGGGCUGGUUCUGAGCUGGAACAGCCGCUUCCCCUGGCAUCGCGAGGCUCCCUGAGUUGGGGGAGCUGCCACCGUGGUCGCCACCCCGCCGUGAUCGUUGUCACCCCACACACGGUGUCCCCUGAGUUUCCAAAUAACGGGAUGCUCCCAGCGGUGGGUCUGGGGGUCCUCCGAGCCCCCAUCUCUGGCAAAGCCCGUGAAUGCCCAGAAAACAGGGAUACGGCCCCGCGAGCACAGCUGCUCUUCCCACAGGGCAGCCCCGGGGGUCCCCCCCGCCCCCCGGCCAUGGCGGGCCGGCUGCUUCCCCCCGACAGCAGCCCAGCUCUGGGUGUGGAGGACGUUCCCCAGCUCCAGGCACCUCUGCAGGUGUCCCCGCAGCCCACAGUGACACGGGUGCCCGUCAUCCACCACCGCGGCUCCAACACCCUCAACUUCCACUUCCACGAGCCGGAGAGCCGCGGUACGGCCGAGAACAGCCAGGGAGCUCCCAAGAGCCCAGUGAAUGAGUGGUACCAGACCUGGCCGGCCAAGGAGGCGAAAGCUCCCAGCACCCCGGUGCCCGCCCACCCCACACCCAGUCCCCGGGCCGCCCCCACCUGCCCACGGCCACCAGGCUGGUCGGCAACCUGGACCAAGGAUAGCAAGCGGCGGGAGAGGCGCUGGGUGAAGUACGAUGGCAUCGGGCCCGUGGAUGAGACGGGGAUGCCCCUCGCCUCGCGCUCGAGUGUCGAUAGCCCCCGGGACUGGUACCGCAGCAUGUUCCGGCAGAUCCACCGCAAGCUGCCAGAGCCCGACUGGGACACCCAUUCUUGCCCCACCACGGCGCCUCCAUCGCCCCCCAAACCGCGGAGGAGGGGGUCGGCCCCAGCUGAGCCCCCCGGAAUGCCUAACGGGAUGGAUUGGACCCGCUGGGGUGCCACCGGCGCCACUGCCGAGCCCGGCAGCAUUUUUGACUAUGAACCAGGGAAGUUUUCUCGGCGGGAGCAGAGUCCGGCAGCAGCGCGGCCGAAGCGGGCUCAGUCCAUCGAGGUGCUGCUGGAGCAGGAGCUGGAGCAGCUCAGCGAGGAGCUGGACAAGGACAUGAGGGACAUGGAGACGCGCCGGACUCCCCGCCAGAGCCCGGCGGCUGCUCCCACCGCUCGCUCCCCUGCUCCGGCCUCCCCGGCUGCUCGGAGCCCCCUGUCACCCCACUGGCUGUGGAGCCCCCCUGCCACCCCCAGCAUGGAGUGGGGUGGGCUGGGGCUGGCCAGCGACCGGAGCCUUGCAGCCUCCAGCAGAGACACCCUCAGGCCAGGGACCCUCCCCAGCUUGUCGGACCUGGGGGACCCCGUGGAGGUCGUCAAGAGGGAGGAGAAGAAGAUGAAAGCUGCUCGCCUCAAGUUCAACUUCCAAGCUGAGUCUCCCAAGGAGCUGACGCUGCAGAAGGGGGACAUCGUCUACAUCCAUAAGGAAGUGGACAGGAACUGGCUGGAGGGGGAGCACCACGGCCGCGUGGGCAUUUUCCCCUCCAACUACGUGGAGAUCCUGCCCCCUACGGAGGUGCCCAAGCCCAUCAAGGCUCCCACGCUCCAGGUUCUGGAAUACGGGGAGGCGCUGGCGCUCUACAACUUCCGAGGGGAUCUGCACGUGGAGCUCUCCUUUCGCAAGGGCGAGCGCAUCUGCCUGGUGCGGCGGGUGAACGAGAACUGGUACGAAGGGAGGAUUCCGGGCACCAGCCGCCAGGGCAUCUUCCCCGCCACCUACGUGCAGGUGCUGAAGGAGCCGCGGGUCAAAGCCUCCGCAGAGGACAUCCCCUCCUCUCCCGCCCCCGCCAGCCCCCGGCCAGCGGCCGGAUCCCCGUCCCUGCAGCGCUCGCCCGGUGCCCGGAUCCCCCAGGCUCCCCCCGGCUCCCCCCGGGAAGCGAAGCGGGGUCCCGGGGUGACGGGAGGGCGCCCGUCCUCUCCUCGCCACCUCGGCGCCGCCUUCCCCCCCUCCCCAAAGCUGCCCCACGCUGGCACCCCCAGCCCCUUGGUGGCCUCUGCCAGCCCCCCACAUCCCGUGGCCGCCCACCCCCAGGAGCUCCGGCGUUCCGCCUGGACCCCAGAGCAGGUACAGGGCGCUCUACCAGUACCGGCCCCAAAACGCCGACGAGCUGGAGCUGCUGGAAGGGGACCGGGUGGAUGUCAUGCAGCAGUGCGACGACGGCUGGUUCGUGGGAGUGUCCAGGAGGACGCAGAAAUUCGGCACUUUCCCCGGGAACUACGUGGCGCCGGUGUGACCCGCGGCGAUGGGGACCCCCAGGGGGAAGAGUGGGGAUGGGGGUUCCCCCUUGUCCCACCUCGGCCACCCGGUGUCCCCGCCGUGUUCCCCCACGGGGAUGAAGUGCCUCCAGCUCCCUCCCGCCCCUAUGGGGCUGCCUCUAACAGGGACAAACCCCCCCCGGCUCGGGGUGUCUCCCCCUCCCCAGUGCCUUAACUCGCCCCCUCCUCACCGCUGCCCGGUGCCACCGCCCCGGGGGUCGUCCCGAGGGUCUGGCCGGUGCCGGGCCUGACCAUGACGGCCGUGACCCGGGCUGUGGGUCCGUGUCCGGGAGUAGCCUUCGCUUCUUUUCCAUCAUUAAAGCUCAGCUCAGCCCGAC